GCCGGAACUGCCGGUCCUGGCGUGCCCUGACUAGCGGCGUUGCGGGUGCUGGUCACGGCUGAGCCGGCUCCGAUGGCGGCGGUGCCGCCGCCGGUCUACGUAUACAGCCCGGAGUACGUGACCCUCUGCGACUCCCUCUGCAAAGUGCCCAAGCGGGCCAGCAUGGUGCAUUCACUGAUUGAAGCGUAUUGCUUGCUUGACCAGAUGAAGAUAGUCAAGCCAAAAGUGGCCUCCAUGGAGGAAAUGGCGAGUUUCCACACAGAUGCUUACCUGCAGCACCUGCAGAAGGUCAGUGAAGAGGGGGAUGAUGACCACCCGGAGUCUGUGGAGUAUGGACUGGGUUAUGACUGUCCAGCCACGGAAGGGAUCUUUGAGUAUGCAGCGGCUGUGGGAGGAGCCACCAUCACUGCAGCCCAGUGCCUGCUGGAUGGCAAGUGCAAAGUAGCAAUUAACUGGCCUGGAGGGUGGCAUCAUGCAAAGAAGGAUGAAGCUUCUGGUUUCUGUUACCUGAAUGACGCUGUCUUAGGGAUCCUGCGACUGCGCCAGAAAUUUGACCGCAUCCUUUAUAUUGAUUUGGAUUUGCAUCAUGGGGAUGGAGUUGAGGAUGCCUUUAGUUUCACCUCGAAGGUCAUGACUGUUUCUCUGCACAAAUUUUCACCAGGAUUUUUCCCAGGCACUGGUGAUGUGACAGAUGUUGGCCUGGGAAAAGGUCGCUAUUACAGCGUGAAUGUGCCCAUUCAAGACGGCAUUCAGGAUGAAAAAUAUUACCAGAUCUGUGAAUCAGUGUUGAAGGAGGUGUAUGCUGCCUUCAACCCUGAUGCAGUUGUGCUGCAGCUGGGGGCGGACACCAUUGCGGGAGACCCCAUGUGCUCUUUCAACAUGACACCUGAGGGAGUAGGGAAGUGCCUCAAGUAUGUCCUGCAGUGGCAGCUAGCAACUCUUAUCCUCGGAGGAGGAGGUUACAACCUUGCCAACACUGCUCGCUGCUGGACGUACUUGACUGGGGUCAUCCUUGGGAGAACACUGUCCUCUGAGAUCCCUGAUCAUGAGUUCUUCACAGAGUAUGGUCCUGAUUACGUGCUGGAGAUCACACCAAGCUGCAGACCAGACCGCAAUGAGCCACAGAGAAUUAAAGAAAUUCUGAACUCUAUCAAAGGUGCGUUGUCCAAGCCAACACUCCUGCUUCAGGCUUACAGGUUUUUUUAGAGAGGGCUUCAGAAGAACUCACUGGAGUCUUUCUCACUGACUGGAAAGAUGAACCACAAUCACUUGGAUGCUCAUUAGUGCACAGUGUCAUUUGCCUCCCACAUCCCUUGGGAUUUUCAGGGUUGGUGGUACAAAGUUAUGGGUCCCUGUAGCAAAAGUUGCUAUUGCCUUUGCUCUGGCUUGGCAGGGAAGCAUGGGGCCUUGUCCUUUCUGGAAUCAUAGAACAGCCCAGGUUCUAAGGAACUUCAAAAGAUCAUCUGGUCCAAACUUUUAGUGGGAAAGGGAGCAUGGACAAGAUUAUCUAGCAAGUCACAUCCUGAAAACUUCUGACAUUGAGGCCGAUACCACACCCCUGGGGAGUUUCCUUGUGAUUGAUUGCUCUCACUGUAAAAAAAAGUACUUAAGGUGAAACCUCUCCUGGUGCAAGUCACACCUGUUGUCCCUUGUCCUCUCCAUGUGCUUCCUUGUGAAGAGAGAACCUCUGUCCUCUGAAGCCUAUAGAGCAGGCUUCAAGUACUAGAUUACUGUAAUGAGGUCCCUCCUAAGCCUUCUGCAGGGAGAGUCUUUCCUCAUUGGGCAGGUUCUCUGGCAUCUGAUCACCUUAGUGGUCCUCCUUUGGACCCUCUCUGCUCUGCCCAUGUCUUUCGUGAUUUGUGGGGAUCAUAAGUGGACACAGUACUCAUCAUUUGUCAGACGGACCUGGAAUGAGAUGAUCCAAUUUUUCUUAGUAAUGCUCCUACACAUGCUGCACAGGAUACAGUUUGCUUCACUGCUGCAGCAGCAGCACACUGCUGGAUCCCAUUCAGCUUGCUGCCUAUCAGGACCCCCACAUCCAUUUUCCCAAAGCUGAUUCCCAGUCACACAAAUCCCAGCCUGAACUGGCUACCUUCUAUCUCACGUGCAGGUCCUUGUUUUUGUCUUUGUUAAACUUAAAACUGUUAUUUUUAGCCCCCCUUCCAGCCUGUCCAGCUCUCUAAGAUAACUCUUCCUUCUGACCUGUUCACCUCAGUUUGGUGCUGUGGUUGUUUUCAACCAAGGUAAUUUACGAUAGUGAGCAAUAUGUAUCCGUCCCUGGGGGACCCCACUUGUGACAGGCUGCAAGACCAUGUAAAAACCAUUGAUCACCACCCACUGUGAGCUUCCUGUGAGCCUUGCUCCUUAUCCCCUUUGCAGACCACCCCUCCAGUCUGCGUCCUUCCAGUUGGUCCAGGAGGAGGCUGUGGGAAAUAGCUUUCUGGAACUGGGGCAGGUCUCCAGCAGGCAGGACUUGAAGCCCAGGACAGGCAGCUGGGUGAGCUCUGCCAGGUCCAGCAUUGAAACUCAUUCAAUGCCCUUGCCCAUCUGUCUUGUCCCUCUCUGCAAGAGGGGCUCGGAGCAGCAUGAUGGGGCUUGGCAGCCCUUUUCUGUCUGUGUGUGUUGCAGUGUGCUGGUGUUAAAAGUAGGGUAGGAAGUCCAAUGGCCAUGGGUGCCUUUGGGUGUCCAUUCCCAAGCAUGGGCCAAUCCUAGGGAAGGGCAUCCCUUCCUUGGGGACAUGUCCAAGAGGGUAGGAGAAACAGCAUCACUCCAGAGCUGGAAGGGAGGGCCGUGUGCUCCUGUCUGUGAAUCCAGCCUGAAAGAAGGACGAAGCAGCAGGGAGUGAGCAUGCUCGUCUCGGAUGCUGGUCCAUGAAUCCUGAAGCAGCAUUCAGCAUAGUGAAAGCAUUGGCAGGGUCCCCUUGUGGUAAUUUCCAAAGCCUGGCUCGAAUGAGGGCAGCAGCCUCUGCAAAGGGAGCGAGGGGUCAGCAGGAACUGAGAUCUGUGCUGAAGCUGGAAUUCCCAUAUCAUGGUGUAGUCCAUCAGAGUGGCACCCCUUGCCAGGUCACUCCAUCAGGCUAAAAUAUCAGUGGAAAUACCCUUUUUUGCUUCCUUUUAUUUGCAGGGAAUCUGAAGCACGUUGUUUAGCAGAAAAGGAAGGCUCGGGCAAGAGCAUUUCCUGUGGGGAAGACAGCAUAUUUAUGUGAACAACUGGUGAAAUUUGUGGCUGGAGGGAAACUUUCGAAGAAAGUACUGUUGGUUGGUUAAUUUUUUUUUUCUCUUUUAAGAAGAAAAGCUGCUGCAUGCCACAAGCACUGUGGCUCUCCCCAGGCAGGAGUGUGGGCCCUUCAGCCACAGCCUUCCAGUGCUGGCAGAGCCUCCCUUGCUUCUUUCCCCUUCCUUUUUUAACACCACAGUUCGUUCUCACAACUGCUUUUAAAUGUAUUUUAAGAGAGGAGCUGCUCAGAGCUGUGAGCCCUCCCCAGCUGGAACCCAGUGUUUUGUUACCUACCUGGCAGGGCCACAACUUCAGAGCUGCCCACUCGGGAAGUAGAGCCUGAGGGCUACCCUGGUUGUGUCUCUUACCCGCAGAAAGGCACAGCCAUUGUGUUUUUAACUGGGAAUUUUUAAAAAAUAAAAUACUUGAAAUACUCUUCCAA